AUAACAGCCUCCUCUCAACUGGAGUUAAUCAUGGCAACUUCAAUAUCCACAUAUUCCUUGCUUCUUGUCUUUGUAAUCUCUGUUGCUUGUUCUGCAGAGGAGCGAUCAAUAUACUUGGUCUUAAUGGAAGGACAGCCAGUCGCAUUUCUUGGAGGCCAUGAACCUUAUACUACAAGAAAACUUGAACUGAACAGUGAAGCCUCCCAGGCUCAUGCAAGGCGUUUGGUUGAUUCACAUGAUCAGCUUCUACAGAGCACUUUAGAAAUCGGAAGCUACACCAAGCUCUACAGCUUCAAACACAUUGUUAAUGGCUUUGCUGUCCAUGCCACUCACUCUCAGGCUAAGAAACUGAAAGAUGCUCCUGGAGUAAAAGUGGUGGAAAGAGAUAGAGGAGCCAAACUGAUGACUACAUACACGCCUCAAUUCCUAGAGUUAUCCCAAGGAGUGUGGACACAAGAAGGAGGAGACAGGAAUGCGGGGGAAGGGAUCGUUAUCGGUUUUAUUGACACAGGCAUUAAUCCGUUGCAUCCAAGCUUUGCUUAUAAUCCGCUGAACCCCUUUACAUCAAAUAUCUCUCAUUUUUCUGGCGCUUGUGAGACGGGUCCUAGAUUCCCUGCCGGUUCUUGCAAUGGGAAGAUAGUAUCAGCUAGGUUCUUCUCAGCUGGAGCUCAAGCGGUUUCCCCUUUGAACACUUCACUCGACUUUCUGUCACCCUAUGACGCCGUUGGACAUGGCAGUCAUGUGGCUUCAACUGCUGCUGGAAAUGCCCGGGUACCCGUAGUGGCCAAUGGCUUCUACUAUGGACGAGCUAGUGGGAUGGCGCCACGUGCACGAAUUGCUGUUUACAAAGCUAUCUAUCCAACAGUUGGAACCUUAACAGAUGUGAUUGCAGCAAUUGAUCAAGCAACAAAGGACGGAGUGGACAUAAUAACGCUAUCUGUUGGACCAGAUGAACCGCCAGAAGACACUAUCACAUUCUUGAGUGUGUUUGAUGUUUUCAUGCUAUUUGCGCAAAGAGCUGGAGUUUUUGUCGUCCAAGCUGCAGGCAACCAUGGGCCAAGUCUUUCAACAGUUGUGUCUUACAGCCCUUGGGCUGUGGGAGUAGCUGCUUCCACCACAGACAGAAUCUAUCCUGCUUCACUUCUUCUUGGAAACGGUCAGAAAGUUGGCGGUGUAGGUUUAUCAGGACCAACUUUCGGCUACGGGCUAUUUAAAUAUAAGUUGGUGUUUGCUCAGGAUGCAGUAAAGGCAAAUGGGACAUUCCCAAGGACUCCACAGUACAUUGAAGAAUGCCAACAUCCAGAAUCACUGGACCCUAAACUGGUGCGCCGUAGAAUUGUUAUUUGCACCUUUUCUGCUGGCUUCUAUAAUGGCACAUCCAGUAUAACUGCCAUAAUUGACACAUCAAGGACUUUAAGAUUUACGGGUUUUGCUCUAGUUGCAAAUCCAAGCUAUGGUGAUUUCAUUGCAGAACCUAUUCCUUUUGCAGUUCCAGGCAUUAUGAUCCCCAAAGUUGCUGAUGCAGAGAUUAUAUCGAAGUACUAUGAGCAAGAAAUCCUCAGGGAUGAGAGAGGAUUUGUUUCCAAAUUCUGUGCACGAGGAGCUAUAGGCGAAGGUAGAGUUGCAGCUUUUGAGGGUAGAGCACCUAUUGUUAGUAGAUUCUCUUCCAGGGGACCAGAUUUUCUUGAUAUUAAUAGGAUUCCUGCUGAUGUACUUAAGCCAGAUAUUCUAGCCCCAGGGCACCAAAUAUGGGCAGCCUGGAGCCCUCUUAGCGCCUUGGAUCCAAUACUAACAGGAGAUAAUUUUGCACUAUUAUCCGGUACAAGUAUGGCAACACCUCAUAUUGUGGGAAUAGCAGCACUGAUCAAGCAAUUCCAUCCUUCGUGGACACCAUCCAUGAUUGCUUCAGCCCUCUCCACCACUGCAGGCAACUAUGAUAACUAUGGAGAACUCAUACUAGCAGAAGGAUUUGAUAUUAACAGCCUCUAUCCCUCCACACAUUUUGAUUUAGGUGCUGGUUUUGUGAAUCCAACUCGUGCCAUGGAUCCAGGCCUCGUCUUUCCGUCAGAGUUUCAAAAUUACAUAAGCUUUUUGUGCUCGUUGCCCGGCAUUGAUCCGGCUAUAGUGAAAGCUACCACUGGAGAGCCGUGCAAUCAAUCACUUAGCUCCCCAGCCAACCUGAACCUCCCCUCAGUUACAAUAUCAGCACUAAGAGGAUCUCAAACAGUGGAGAGGAAUGUCAAGAAUGUAGGGAUCAAGCCUGAGACAUACUUAAGCUCAGUGAUAGCACCUAAUGGGACUACAGUCAACCUGUCUCCAACCUGGUUCAUAAUAGCUCCACAAGGAACUCAAAAUAUAGAUAUAGAGUUUCACGUCACCCAUGCAAGGAACGAGUUUAGUUUUGGGCAGAUCGUUCUGACAGGAAGCUUAGAUCACAUAGUUAGAAUCCCGUUAUCUAUUUUGCCCGUUACGGUAUCCUGAUAUUGACAGUAGUUCAUGCGGUUGAAGCCAACCAAGGAAUUCGAAGGUAACUUCAAUUUUAGCAGACAAAACUGAAAAGCAGAGUUGUCAUGGAAUAGAAGGAUCCCAUUAAAUGCUUGUUCUUAUACCUUUAUCAAGAAUAUUGAUAUGAUUCGUGCAAAAAUUAGAGGAUUCCACUGCUGGCUAUCUCAGUGCAAGAGUAGUUUGUCUGAAACCAGUCUGCUUCUGUAUUUACUAAAAGAAGACCUUGUUUGACAUGGUUUCCUACCCAACUGAACUCAUUUCACCAGAAUAACUUGCCGCCAAGAAGCCUCUCAAGUGUUUUUAAGAGUAUUUGAAUCAGAACAGACAGAUUGAAGAAUAAUGAAUGUGACAGGCUACUAUAAAUUAUCAUGGCUGUUAAAAGAAUAAUUUUUAUUCUGUAUAACACA